GGAAUACCGUCUCGUAUCUCACUGUAAAAAAUACGUAGUUUAGUGACGUUUAUUAUGUUGGUAAAGUUUGUUGGUAGCACUACUUAUUGCUGAGUGCAGGAAGUAAAGUAAAUGUAGAAAAAAAUGAUUGUAAGGUGAAGCACUGUGAAAAAUAUCUCAAAAUAAUUAUAAGGAAAAGCGGCAAAUUUGACAAGUUACUACUACGUUUUAAUGUUGUGGCGAAAACACGCCGCUUUGUGUUUUUGCGAAUUAGUCAUGAACUUGUCGAUCUGACAUUAAACUUGUGCACUGUGCUGUGUGCGCGACUCGAUGUGAUGCCAGUGUUAUUUACUGUACAGCGCCGAACACCAGUGACAUCAUGUUAACAAUCAGAAGAAACAUAAUCUGAUACAGCAAAUGCAGUAGAUUUGAAGCAGCAAUACUCCACUAUGAAUAGCACAAAGAAGAUACAGCACAAGGAAAUUUUUCUGGCAUGCAUAUUUUUAUCUCAUUUUGCUGCUAUAUGUUCAGAAGCAACUUAUUAUGAACAACAAAGUGAUGUGUGUGGACACACUCACUAUAGUGCUCCACAAGGAAGAAUAUCAAGUCCACAUUAUCCAUUUCCAUAUCCAAAUUACACCAGUUGUACAUGGGUAAUAACAACUUCAUCCCAGCAUCCUCUUAAUAUAAGGGUAACAGAUCUUGACAUCGAAGAUGAUGCUAACUGUAAACAUCCUCCAUGUUGUGUGAGCAAUUGGUUAUCUAUUCCAAGAGCAGGAGGAGGAGCAAAACAAAAAUUGUGUGGCAAACUGACACAUUCCGUGAUGGUUACAUUGCGGCAACCACAAGCAGUAAUCAAGUUUCAUUCAUCUGCUGUUCAUAAAGAAGGGAGAGGAUUUUUGAUCGUAUAUAACACAUAUGAUUAUUAUGAAGAUUGUAGGCAUUGCACUGAUGGAAGAUGUGUGCAGGACUUAACAGUGUGCAGUAUGUUUUCCUGUUCUGGAAAACCAGGAGCUCCGUGUAUGGGAGAUAGUUAUGACUGUUUCAAUGAAACUCAAAGGUGUAAUGGAGAGAUAGAUUGUCGGUCUGGCCGAGAUGAGGAAAACUGUCCCCGUCGUAAGUGCUCUUCAGAUGAACGACCGUGCCGUUCUGGACAGGGUUGUUACACAUUUGAACAAGUGUGUGAUUCAAAAUCUGAUUGUGCUGACAACACUGAUGAAACUAACUGUGAUGACACAUGUAUAGGAAGGCAUAAAUGCAGCGAUGGUCGCGGAUGUUAUUCCAGUGUUGAACGGUGUGAUGGAGUACACAACUGUAUGGACAAUUCUGAUGAGGAAAAUUGCUAUAGAAGAUUUCAGUGUGACGAUGGAAAUUAUAUACCACAUUCUGAAUGGUGUGAUGGACAAGAAAACUGUAAAGAUGGAAGUGAUGAACAAGGGUGUAUCAAGAACUCCGUAAUAGCAGCAGCUAUAAUGGGAUCCUUGCUGUGCAGUUUAUUGUUGGUGAUUGCUGUCGGGUGCAUGUGCCGUCUGUACAGUCUGCGCCUUGCUGUUACAAACAGUUACCGUAUUCACCAUAACAGUGGGAGCUUUUCUACACAGCCACCAGUGCCACACCUCGACGAAGAGUUCUUCAAUCGGGAACCACCACCAGCGUACAGUGUGGCAGUCAGUGGGUGCCCUUUACAGUGUGCAGCCACUCAACCAAACAGUAGGCUGUUUGGCAAUGAACACAGUAUGAUGCAGAGACAUCAACAUUUGAGCAGCAGGCGCAUGUCCCGCAGACAUUCAAAUAGGAGGAGAAGUCAGAGGAAUAUUAUGGUCACAGUACCUCCACACUGUGAUCCUAAUGUCACGCUCGGUUUGCAGUCCCAAACUGUGACACCAAAUUAUGCUGGUCUUACAAGCAGCCAGUUGCCAGUUCUCACUCAGUCUUCCGGUGCAGUAUCGGGAGCAAAUGACCCUGUUUUAGUUCAACAGGGUGAGGCAAUACUACCAGCUGAAAACACAAAUAAUAAGUUAAAUAAUACAGUUAGCGGUGUUCCCCAGCCUUCAGCACUUGUGCCAAAUCAGGUAGCAGAAAACUUGCCCCCUCACGCUCUUUAUGAAACCUGUAUUUUAAAUAUACCUGUAGUUCAAACUCCUGCAAGAACGGUUUCCCCAUCUCAUUCCUGUAUAACAUCUGCAUCAGAAUCUCCGAGCAGGAAUAGUGUCACCUCGUCAACAAGUUUGCUUUCGUACCUCUCGGGUGAUGAGGAUGAACAGCUCUUAGUCGUUCCAGCUUCGUAACUUCCCCUCUUUCAUCCUUUGGUUCAGAAAAUUGUAUGCAUAAAGGCAGAAAGUUUUGAAGUAAUAUUAAAGUAUAGCAGUUAAAAAAAAAAAAAAAAAAAAAAAAAAAAAAAAAAAAAAAAAAAGAUGGCAUUUUAGAGUGUUGUGUAAUUGUGGUUCAGCUUUGUGUAUUUGAUUGGUAUAUGAAGAGAAAAGUAAAUGAACCAAUUAGCUUAUGUGAUUGAGUUGUGUGUGCCUUUUGUCCCAUCGAAAAAUCAUUUGUGUAAGCUGGUAUUCAUACUGUUGUCAUAAAGAUUUAUGUUCAAAUGUGUGACCUGUCCCUGGUUCAGUUAUUGUACAUUAAAAUGAUCUGUAACUGUAAUCAUUAUGAUAUUGUGUAUGGCUUUCUAGAUUUAUGUUCCAUAAGAAGUACAAUAAUAAAACAAAAUUGCCAUACUACUUAAGUUGAAAAUAUGUGAUAUAAUGGUGGCACAUGGAAUCUCAAUUUAUUCUAGCCACACCCAAUGUAAGAAUAAUGCUCUGUUCUUGCCCGGUAUUUGGCAUGUAGCAGUCUAAAAGCAUUGAUUAAACUGCUGUGUUAGCAUUUACUGUAAUGUCUGUUUUGUUAUAUGUGCUAAUUUUACAUUUAUUUACAGAAAUAUUUUGCUGUACAUAAUUUUGACAUAUUUGACCAGUAAUAAAGUAUUAUUAGUUAUAAACAAA